AUGCCGACCGCGAAGACAGGAUUCUUCGACCUCCCACUCGAGCUACGACAAAUGAUCUACGACGAAAUCAUCCCUUCGGAUCGGCUCCAUACGUUCAAGGAAGGACGAUGGUGUCCAUCGUCUCUCGAAGCCAUAGCUCACGCAGUCAACUCAGCCGAUCCGAGACUGCGUUCAGAGCUUUCGCGGUGCGGCGUCCGUCUGGUCAUCACACUAAAGCUCUCGAUACCACCGCGCCGGAUUCUGUUCGACAGGUUGCGGAAGGUUGAGAUCUUUAUCGAUUACUACGAGCGCCACGAUGAUGGGAGGCCAGAUCUGCUGAGCAGACACGAAGCGACCAAAGACGAAGUAAGGCCGUUGCGCGCUCAGGUUGGCAAGGUUGCAAACUACCUCGCCCGCUACGACAACCUACAGGACAUCACAAUACGGUUCCGCGACGAGCCCAAGUACAAACAUCCCUUCUGGACCGAGGAAUUGCGCGAGUACGCCUUCUACAAGGGGGAGAAAGCAAGCUUCCUCGCCACCAUGUCACACGGAGGCAGGGAGAUCCCGGUCGUCAAGUGGAUUCUGCGACUCCUGCGACACCUACCUCCUUGCCGGAGCGUGAGGGUGGUGCCUUUGGACGCACUUUGGCCGUGCUCGUCUAAGGUGGACUCGGAAGGGUAUGUGUAUAUGCAGGAGCUUUCUACUGCGUUUGGGAAAUGGUUAGGAGGGUCCCGUGGACAUAGUUGGAAACGGUAUUGGAAGGCUAGACGGGUGUAUCUUAGGAGAGACAGCGAGUGGUACUGGUGA